AGCAGCACUCGCUCACUCACUCAGUCUUCGCUGCUCGUCCUCAGCACAUGUGCAGCAGAGGCGGAUUUCAGGAGGACAAACGGCUUUUAUUUUGACAUUUUAUCGCUAACGGGGCGCGAGCAGGGUAAAGGUAAACCUGAGCAGGUGACAGAUAUCGGCCCGAGACUCCGUAGUGUUGGGAAGCGCUGAGUUUGUGAAGGCCGGAGAGGGGGAGCGAAGCGCCGCAGGGAGUCUGCCGCGGUGUCCUUCUCCCGGCUCCCAGUGGAUUUUAUCGUUAUUUAUCAGGACGUUUGCUGCCGGUUGUCCGUUAUCAGACUCUCCCCUGUGGGAUUUAACGGAAACCCGUCCGGACCGACAUCCAGCUGCUUCUAUUCAACCAUCCCAACCAAGACAUUUCCGCAUUUUGACGUCUGAUGCUCCGUCUCCCCGGCAGCUCCUGUCGCUCAGUGUCUCCAUGGUGAAGUGGGCGGGGUCUGAUGUCAGCCCCUCCCUCUUGUGUCUUCGACCCUCCCGCCAUGCCCACCAUGGUUUCUAGGCUGCCCAAGUUCGGCUCGCGGCCCAAAUCAGCCACAGCCUCUCACAGUGCUCAGACGGGUCCAGCUGUUGCCGCGAACGCCGGCACCUUCACCGGCGCUGCUGCUUCCAGCACCCGCCUGACCAACGGGUUCAACCAUCAUCCCGGCCCGGCGGGGCUCAACGGCAGCUUAGCCGCACCCCCCUCCUCUGUUCAGCAGAAUGGGUUUAUCAGAGUGCCGACUUCGUUUUCCAUCAAAUGGAGGAAAGAAAAUGGGCCCAUGGAGGACGGAGGGGCCGACGCAGAGAGGGACUGGAAAAGAGGAAAGGGCGGGAAUCGCUAUGGUAACAAUAUCCAUCAGUAUUAUUCUCAAUGGCAACAGGCUUCACCAGUGGUGUGGCGUGACGCCAAAAAACCGAUCACAUCCUCUGCAGGAAAGGGGCGGGGUUUUGGCCAACCUACAACAUCCUCAUCAUCACCUUCGCCACAGUCCAGCCCCAGAACUCUUCCUGUUUCUAAAAGUGGAUCUCCUGGUUCCAAACCAAGCCAGACUGCAGCCAGGCUGACCAACGGCACAAAGCAGAUCCUAAACGGUCUUCCUGGAUCUAAACCACGGAGCGGAACCAAUGGUUCUCUAAGACAGCCUCAGAGUUUUCCUCGUCCUGGUGGUUCUAGGCCAGGUUCUGGUCCUGGUUCUCGAUCCGGUUCCCCCUUCCAAAAGAAAACGCCGGCUAGCCGCUCGCACUCCAGUGACAGCCUCGGGUCUGUUCCAUCCGUCCAACUGACUGAAAGUGACCGGUUUCGGUCACGUAGCCUCACCCAGGUCCGACAGCAGCCCUCCCCCACCCUCACCCCUUCCUCCACCUCCUCCUCUUCCCUCCCUCGCUCCCCCACUGUCACCCGUUCCUACUCCAUCAACAGGGCUGCUGAACGAGGACUCAAAGAGCUGACGGCGUCCUGCGCUCAGGCUCCACCCAGAGGCGGUUUGGCUAAAUCACCUGUUACCAGUCAGACUCCAGAGGGAGGAGGCAGAGGUGGAGGGGUCAAAGUUCAAAAUGGAGGACGAAGUUUAGGGAAGUCGGGGGUUGGCAUGCCCUCCAUCCUACCCCCGUCUGCCUUAAAGAAACCCCUCCUGCCCAGCCUUGGCCCUGCCUCUAGGCCCAGCGGCAUCAGCUAUAAGAUGUCACGCCCAUCACUCAUCAAGCAGUCCCGCCCCCUCCGGGUGACCCCAGCCAGUGUGUCCGGAGGUGACCAGGAAGUGAACCAAGGACAGAGGAGCUCAGCAGAGAUGGCGUCUACGACAGAGAACAGCCCAGAGAGCACCCCAGAUGCUCCAGAGACAGAGGGGCUGUUGACAGAUCCUGUAUCCCAGGCAGAAGUGUCGAUUGUGGCGGAGACCCUGGAGGACAUGUCCCUGUCUUCAACGUCCUCUCUGGACAGAAACGACACCAGCCAGGAGUAUAUGGACGAUUUUGACAACCUCGGAAACGGAGGAGUUGGCAUAAUGCUCCUCUCCGCCAAAAACGACGAAGACGACUCAGGACUCGACCAAUCCUGUGCCAGGUUUGAUGAUGACAAGGUGGCCAUUAAAAGUGUUACCAAGGCAACAGGACUUUGUUUUCUGGACGACGGUAUGGACUGGGCCGGCAUGAGACUAAGUGGUGAUCGAGUCGAGCAUCGUCUGGCGCUUUCAGGCCGGAGACGGUCCAGUCAGCCGGAUUACCACGACCAGGGUGGUUCGUCCCUGGACCUGUCCCCCUCUGACAGCUGUGGGUCUGGGGGAACCUACAUGUGGGACGAGGAGGGUCUGGAGCCACUGGGGGGCGUUGUCACCACUGCCUCCAUCAACAGCAACACCACCCACCACAUCGGGAGCUUUGACUCAGACCUCAACAGCAUCGACAUCUUGAACAACCUGGACUCUUGUGAUCUGGAAGAUGAUGAUCUGAUGCUGGAUGCAGACUUUGCAGAGGACGUCUCUCUGCACAGCGAUGGAGACGGGAUGUCUCACAUGGCUCAGUGGAGGAGGAGACAGCUCUGCUGGGGGACGCAGGAUGUCCACAAUGACAAUGAAAGUGACUUCCAGUGUUACAAGCUCACUGAGGAUCCUGGGAAUAAGAGGACGGACACGAGCAGGGACAGCGACCUCGUUCUGGACCUCUGUUCCUCAAGGUCUCCCUGUCUGUCUCCUGGUACUCCUGCUCUGGGUCUGGACGUGGAGGAACUGGCUGAAGACUGCUCUGCAGUGCGAUCACAGCUGGAGUACCUGCAGAGGUUACUGCUGCAGGAGGAAGAUGUGGAUGAUGACACUCUGACCACAGACACUCUGAGUCCUGAGGCCAACGACUCAUCCCACAGCUCCGACGCACAGGUGCAGGCUCUCCUGCAGGAGGUGCAGCAGCUCAGAGAGGAGCUGAGGAGCCGAGACCGAACCAUCGCACAACUCACUCUGCAACUGACUGUUCCCACGGUGACUGCCAGGUGUCGUUGCCAGGAGAUGACAGGAAGGAUGGAUCGACACACACAGACGAAUGUGACGGAGAGAGAGAGCGUGGCCUCGCAGACGCCCUGGAGAGAGCACACUUCACAGAUACUUCACUCCUGUAGCCAGGAAGACCAGGAACCACUGAUGGACAGAGUCCCGAUGCCACCGCCGACCCAAGCUCUGCCUCCAGCUCACCCCCGCUCUGAGAUCCCUGCCGACAGACUCCCGGACCGUCCGGACACCAACACCACUGACUCCACGACUGAGGAAAAAGAGGAUGAUGGGAAAAGAUUGACGAAGGAGGAGAAAGGAGAGACGAAGGAGAAGAGAGGCGCCUCCAACAGAUCCCUGAGGCUCCCCCAGCCCUCCAAACUCCACCUCUUCCUGUCUCAGACCUCCAGACCAGACCCCAGCUCUAGCUGUGCCUCCACUACUGCGCCCCCUCCAAAGACGAGAGCGUCCAGGCAGCUGUCAACGCCUCGUGACCCAGAGAGCAGCGGCUCUUCUGGGCUUAAGCUCAAAGCGCUGGCCUUCACCUCCGGCUCUUCGCGCCUCCCCAAACCAAAGAGCCACUGAAGGAGCUGUUGGUCUGAAAGCAGCUUCCUAACACGCAGCGAUGUGAGCAGCAAACCACGGGUUUCCCACCCGGUCGUUCUGCUGCUCCCUCUGUUCCUGAAGUCUCUCUCCAGACUGUGGCUGCUGGGAAACUUCCUGUUCUGUGGUCAGAGAGAUCACCACAUUAUCUAAGCUGUAAACCAGGUUGAAAUAUAAACGCUUAACUUAUUUAUUGUUAAUAUUUGAGGACUGUGGUCGAGUAAUAAAGGUUUAAAAACUUGGUAACUCUUCAUUUUACAGGUCCUGCAGUCUUAUUUAUUUGUUCCUGGAAAGGAUUUUAAUUGGUGCCAAUCAUGAGAAAGGUUUGAGCACACACCUUCAAGCCAUCAGUCUGGUUUGUGCCUUUCACACUCACUGUGAUCACUUAGAUUUGAUACAGCUUUAUUUUAGAGAUAUGUAGGUGGUUGUUGUGUUAUUUGUUUUACAGGAUCACAGAUUGUUUGUUUUGCCAUAAAAUCUUUGAUGGUACCGUUGGUAUCAUCCAGUUCGCAAAAGCUUAACGUUAACGUUAGCGUCGUUAGCGUCAUCAGCAUCCGGCUGACUCUCUUCCUGCCUCUGAAUGCAGAGAGGAGGCCAAACAUGUGAAAUCAUAUCAAAUCAAGAACAAAUGUUUGGUUUGGUUUUGUCUCGUUGGCUCCUCCUGGACUCAGAUCAGCAGAUCAGCUCAGAAAAAAAAAAUCUUUCUAAGGAACUUCCUCAGAGAUUGUUGGACCAGUAAAAUAAAGUGUUACCAAAACCUUAUAACUUAAAGUUAUUGUAUUAUGGUACGUUAUGUCAUUUAUUUAUUAGAAAAGGUUAAAGACAGAAGAGCAGGAGCUGGUUGGUUCCUUCGUGUCUCAGCAGAUGAAUAUCAUCUUACAGCUGCUCACUCGCUGUGUGUUAGGGACCAGUCCUUUUGGUUUGGUGCCUCGUUGACUGACUUCCUCUCUGACUUCAUACUAGAAACAGCCGACAGUGUGGAAACAGGUCGAAUCUGGCUGCUCUUCCACUCUUCACCCUUCCCUUCCCCAAGUUCUCCUCCGGAGAAUCCCAGCGUCCGUUCACCCGUCUGUCUGUUGGGUGUAGACUGACUGGCUCAAAGCUGCUGCUCUGAGAAACAACACGCCUCCAAGGUCAGAAAUUCCAACGUUAUUUUUGUUCCAUCUCUGAGAAAAUAAGCUCUUUUCUUCUGUCAUCUGUUCAGUUUGUGCUUCACGUUUUGUUUGGCAUCCUCUUUGCGAAACGUUUCCAUAGUGCCGCCGUUGAUUGGGAAAACCUCCCGCCUCCAGCCGAGUGAUUACUUUGCUCCGGUACAAGCUGUUUUUAUAAAACAGAACUCAACAGGUGGUCACGUUCACAGUGGAAAAACACGGUGGGCUGGCGAAGAGUCAGCACGUUGGAGGUGCGAGGUUUUUACCAAACAGCGAUGAUUAGAACAGAAGCCUUCUGGAUAAAGACUGGAUGAGGUUAAAGGUCACAGUAAGCUUCAGAUAAAGAGGUUUUCUGCAGUGGGGGAAUAUAACUAAGUCUGUGUGUCUCUGCAGUUCAGAGGGAAAGGUUUUACUGAUCAAUCCUCUGCAUUGAUCUGACAGGUAAAAUAUGACCAGUUUAUCAAAUAUGCUGCAUUGUUAUUGAUUAAUUUAUUCCAAAAGUAUAUGAAGCACUUAGAGUUCGCUCCGUCUCAAGCAGCAGCAUGAAGCAUGAGGGUUACUGAGGCCUGCACCUGAGCGGGCUGAAGGCUGAAGUCACUAAAACUUCAAAUCUGUCCUCAGUCAGUUUGAAGACUUUACUCCUUCUCUGAACUCUGGAGGUCACAGAGUCCUUCGUCACAUUAACACCAAGUCCAGAGGAAAAACAGUUUCACCUGGUUACACCUGGAUUUCCUCAGAGAUCAUUCAGUCUCCACCGACCAAUGAAAAGCAGUGAUCAUCUGUCAGGAGGCAGAGGCUCCUCCAUCCAGCGCUGCUUGCUUUGACAUUAUAUUAAACAGUAUAUGCAAAUGAAUAUGCAACAAAGCUGCAGGUUCAACCCCCAGAAACAGACAGUGUCCUGCCCACAUGCCCUCGAGCAAGAGUGGAGAUAUAUGCAAACACAAACUUAGCAUAGUUUCACAUUUCACACAGCUGAAGAUCAGAGAUUCUACAGACAAUCCCAUCACUGACAGCUCCUAUAGUCUGCUGAUAAUCAAUAAUCACACGUGCUGGCAACUAAAGAGGAAACAGGGCUGGUGUAUCCACUCAGUGCCGGCGAGUUCACAGAAACAACAACAACAACAACAGUUUGAAUCAGGUGUUUUUACACAGAAAUGCCCAAAGUUUCACUGGUUUCACUGGUUUCACUGGUUCCAGCUUCUCAAAGCUCAACAUUCAGAUAUUUCACCAGUUAAACCUUCUGUGAGUCUGUGGCAGAAAAAACUGUUUUCAUUCACCAUUUUCUAAACAUGAGAGCAGCACACACCCGUGACGCCAAGACACAGUCCAACAUGGCUGGACAUGGACAUGGACGUCCUGCUGUCUGACAGUGAUAGAGACCAUCAUCAUCUUAUGAGCCCUCUCACUCAGUGUGACUGCUGUUAUCACAGUGUGGAGACGCCUCCUGUUUGUCAGUCACGUCUGAUUCUAGUCCAAGUCUCUGUCCUUUCCUGCUUCUGUCCAUCAGAUACGACAGACCGUGACCUGGUCUUCUCUCUGUCUCUCUGUCCACCUGCUUUAUGACUCUCCCGUCUCUGUUUUUUCUCUCUGUCCAUCCAUCACAUCUGUGUGAAGAAGCUGCAGCAGAGAGUGUUAACAAGGCCAACAGGGAGAGGAGGAGGAGGAGGAGGUGAAGAGAGGACGCUGUCUGCUCUAAUUGGUCUUUAUUUUUUAUUCAGCCGGCUUUGUUCUCCUCUCCUCUGCCUCUAUCAUCUCACCACUCAUCUCCACUUGUCUCCUCAUUUCCUUAAUCUGUCCUUCCCGACAGGGGACUACCACCCGAGCAGCGGCCCAGGGGCCCCAGAUCCUCACGGACCCCAGAAUCCCGGGUUUACCCCAAAUCAGCAAAUAUUUAUAUUUAAGAAACUGAAGCCAGAGAAGUUUUCAUUGCUUUCUGCUUUAAAAACAACUUUAAGAUCAGUUAUCAGAUCGUUUUUCCAGUUAGGAGGUUCAUCUGGCCGUGGUCCCUGAGGGCCUCCUCAUUUCUCACCUCAAUUUUUUCCUUUCCUUUCCCUUCCCUCUGUGUUUCCUUCACUAUCCCCUUAUCUCCUUUUUUCCUCUCUUAAUACAGCUCCAUUGGACUCUCUCUCUCUCUCACACACACACACACACACACACACACACACACACACACACACACACACACACACACACACACACACACACACACACAUUCACACACACCUGAGAGCAACAGCAGGUACCCCUCAGGUGUUAUAGAUAAAUCCAGUUGCCAUGGUGAUACAGCCGGAAAGCCAUAGCAACAGCACUGUGGGGAUCUAUUGUGUGUGUGUGUACACAUACUUACAUUCUUCCUGGAUGUUUCUUCCUCUUUUCCUUUCCUAUGUCCUUAUUUAGCUUCCUCCUCCCUCACCUCCUCUAGCCUCCUCCUCAUGUUUCCUACCUCCUCAUUCAUUUUCCUCUUCAUCUUCUCUACCUCCACAUUUUCUUCCCUCCUUCCUUGUUUUAAUUCCUUCUCCUUACCUCCCGCUUUCCUUCCACACACUCUCAUGUCUUUCCUUCUCUCCUUUCCUUCUCUCCUUCCUUCUCUUUAGUCGUCCUCCUUAUCGCUCCAACCUCUUUUUCUUUUUGUCUCGUCUUUUCCUUCCUUACAACUUAAUUUUCUUAUUUCAUUCUUACCCUUUGUUUUUCUUUUUUCUUCCAUACUUCCUCUUCUUCCUCCUCCUUUCCUUCCCUUCCAUGUCCCCUCUCCUCAGCUUCCUUUUUUCUUCUUCCUUAUUUUUUUUUUUACCUUUUUCUCCUCCCUGCUUUCUUCACUCCUUCUCUGUCUCCUGAUUGUUGUUGAUAUUUCUCAUCUCCUUUUCCUUUUCUUUCCUCUCCUCUCCUUCGAUGCCUGAGUCUUAAUUAUCCUGAGAAAAAAUCCUCAGGGUUAAAACUUGACUACAUCUGCCAGAUCUAAAGUUUCCUGUCUGUCGGCGGCGGCUCGUCUGUGUCCGCCCUGUUAACGAGCGCUGUGUGUCAUCAGCAGCCUCAGAUUAACGGUGUCUUAGCUGAAGCUUUCUGUGGAUUUACCAGCUUCAUAUUCUCAGCCCAGAACAAACCCUGAAGACCAGUGAGCUCAAACCUGAAGGUCAUUUCAUCGUAAAGACGGAUGAUUAUGAGCAGAAAUCACAGUUAAUCUGCCUCCCAGCAUCCGCCGUCCAAUUAAAACCCUCCUCUGACCAAACAGCUGGAAGCAGCUGCUCCAUCCAAACCGUACGUGAUGCAGUGGAAGGUUGGAGUUGUUGGUUUGAAACUCCAGACUGUUGUUACUGUAUAUGUAUACUGACAGAUUUUGAACUAAGUUUUUUUUUUAUGUAUUUAUUAUUAAAGUUUUUAUUUAUUUAUUUUGAUCUUAUUUAAUUUCAGUCGUUCAGUCAACAUGUUCCUCAGAACACCUGUAAAGGCUCCGCCCCUGACCCUCACCUGUUGUUGUUGUUGUUUUUUUCUGGUACUCUCCAAACACUGAGAGCCAGUUUCAGACAGGUAAAAAUAAUGACAUCAUCACAAACAAACAAAUUAUUCCUAAAAUGUUUGUUGUUUCCUUUGAUAAGAUUUAAAAGUCAGAGGUUUGAGUUGUUGGAUAAAAUGUACAUGAAGCUUCACACGUUGAACUCUGCUGUUUAUCUGUGUGGACUGAUGCACAUCACACAUCUGCACAGCAGCUGGAUGAGACAGAAGAAACUCAGAGUUAUGUACGUUUCCACAGGAGAACAGAAAUGUUCUCAUUCAUUCAUCAACUGUCACAGCUCAUCAGCACUUCAUUCAGCCCUGAGAACGAAAGGAAACAUUAAUUCAUUCACUCAUUCUUUGACCCGAGGAAUUAAAAAGUCUCAGAUGUAAUUUGAUGAAAAAAAACCUGGACCUCUGCUGAUCACGAGUCGGUUCUGUGGGAAUGUACAUUAAACCAACUUCAUCCAGGAAACAGGAAGUGUGGUGUUUGAAAACGGGAGCAGGUCAGCGAGGGAGAGGAAAUCCAUCAGUCCUGUCAGGUUCUCAAAGCUCAGAGUUUCCACCAGAAGCUGCUGUGUCGGCGAUAAUAUUUCACUCACUGUAUUUACACGUAUUUAAACAGACAUUUAAUAUCACGUUGUAUCUCCAGAGCUCAGCCUUAGAUAAUCAGAGUAAUACUCACUCGGUAAUAUUCAGUCCUCCUGCAGUAUGUCCACUCUGCUGUGUCCUGUACUGUCUCUCUGUGUGUUGUCUGGGAAAAUGCUCUUAUUUUGAAAACUUGAAGGAGAGGUAUUUUAUGUUGAUGGACCUCCUGCCAUUUCCUGUGUCACCUGCUGGUUUUUGCAGAAUUUAAUUUUUGUGCAAUAGCUGCAGAAGUCAGUGUUUUACCUCCCGCUGCACUAACUCUUAUUUAUGUGAUAAACUGUACAAAGUCUCAUCUGCUGUAAUUAUUGUUAUUGUCAUUAACACUGAGUCGUGAGCUUGUGAAGCGCCUGAGUCUGAACAUGCACUUUAAACGAGAGGAGGCGACGUGAGACACGAACGUCUCAGCUGCUGCGUUUUAUUCCCGUUCUGUUGUUUGUGUCAUGAAUCUGUCUCUGGAUUAAAGCUGCAUUCAUGUCACAUGGAUACAAAGGGAAACGAUGAACUGAUGAAUUCACAUAAAACCAACAAAUCACAUCCAUGAGCUUCACACAUUUCCACCAGGUAACUGUUUUUAAAUGUUUCCAUGUGAUGUGAAUGCAGCACGUUUUCCAGGACAUCUCUUAGCUUGGCUCUCAUCAGUUACCUUUGACCCCUGCUCUCAUUGGUUAGUACAGAUCCAGAAAUAAAGACUCGGUCACAGCUGCAGACGUCUGAUAUCUGCUGUUUAAACCUGUGACUGAUGAAUGUGAGAACGUGAAACCUGCUCAGUGUUUCCUCCUCUGCCAUCGGCUCAAAACUCAAAUAAACUAAUCUACA